UUCAGAAUGCGAGCUUUUAUACUACUGUGCCUCAUUCCAUUAUGCUCUUGCCUCCUCUUCGGACUCAUUGGUAGAAUGCAGUCUGCUGGAAUAAUGGGCACCCUGAAAUGUAAUGGGAAGCCUGCUCCCGGAGUCAAACUGAAGCUGUAUGAAAAGGAAAUAUUUUUCGAUCGAAAGCUGGCACAGAGCAAAACGAAUGCAUCGGGCUUUUUCAAAAUGUCAGGCAGUGCCAGAGAAGUGACGGAAAUUGAUCCACAGCUGAAUAUUUACCAUAGAUGCAAUUAUAAAGGGCUUUGCAUGAAAAAGAUCGGCAUUAUAAUUCCAUCGGAGUAUAUCUUUAAAGGCAAGCAAGCAAAAAAGUACUACGACAUAGGAUCUCUGGAGCUCGCAAUUAAGCGGAAAGGGGAAACAACCGAUUGCAUAAACUGA